AUGUGGGCUCUGACGGCCCUUGUGCUCCUGGUUCCAAGUGGCGGGCAAGCUGCUACUCUGGAGAAGCCCAUAUUGUCCCUACACCCGCCCUGGACCACAAUCUUCAAGGGGGAGCGGGUGACCCUGCGAUGUGAUGGGUACCACCCUCUGCUCCUGGAGCUCCGGCCCGUCAGCACCCUCUGGUAUCUGGGCCACCUGCUGCUGCCCUCCCACAAGAAAAGCAUCGAGGUGCAGACACCGGGGGUGUAUCGAUGCCAGACUCGGGGAGCGCCUGUCAGCGACCCCAUCCACAUCUCUGUGUCCAACGACUGGCUGAUCCUGCAAGUGCCCUACGCCGCGGUGUUUGAGGGCGAGCCGCUGGUCCUGCGCUGCCGCGGCUGGUACGACAAGGCGGUCUACAAGCUUCACUACUACCACGACAGCAAGGCCGUGCACUACUUCCACUCCAGCGCCAACUACACGGUGCCGCAGGCGCGCGCCAGCGACAGCGGCCGCUACCAGUGCUCCGGCACCAUGCGCAUCCCAGUGGAGAGCGCGCCCAUGUUUUCCGCCAAGGUGGCGGUGACCGUGCAAGAGCUGUUCCCGGCGCCGGUGCUGAGGGUGACCGGCCGGGCCGAGGCCCGCGGCGGGGUGACGGUGCGCUGCGACACCCGCCUGCACCCGCAGAAGCGCGACACGCCACUGCAGUUCGCCUUCUACAAGUACAGUCGCCUUGUGCGCCGCUUCGACUGGGGCGCCGAGUACACGGUCCCCCAGCCCGAGGUCGAGGAGCUCGAGUCGUACUGGUGCGAGGCCGCCACCGCCACGCGGAGCGUCCGAAAACGCAGCCCGUGGCUCCAGCUCCCCGGGCGCGGUCUAGCCUUGGACUUGGCGUCCACCACCGCCCCGGUCCCACAGGCCGCAGCCUUGGCGCCUGGCGACCAGCCGCUUUCCUUCAGAAAGCCCGCUGUGUCCCGAUCGGCCACUCCCGUCACCUCCGUCCCGAACGUCACCUCUUCGGGGCUGCAGUUCCCCGCAGGCAGAGCCCCAACGGCUGGGCCUCCGGCCUGCGCCCCGCCGACGCCCUGGGCACAACUCGCCGCCCUGAAACCCGACAUGGACCUUCUGCUCCGAGAAAUGCAGUUGCUCAAAGGCCUCCUGAGCCGGGUGGUCCUGGAAUUAAAGGAGCCACAGGCCUUCCCAGAGCAGGAGGGAACCCCGGAGACCCCCGCCUCCCAGGCUGCUGUGAGCCCGGGAACGCAGGAGACCCCCACUGUGGGGAGCUGAGGCCCCGGGGGCGCCACUGCCCCCCCUCUCUCGGGGCUCCAAGUCUGCAGUC